CUUCUACUUCCUACUUCUAGCAGCGCCGCUCUGCGCUCCUCACGCACUUUUCUCAGAGUCCGGUUCGGGUCCGACCCGUUCCCUCCUGUCCGGAUCCAAACGACCACUGGACCGGUUCUGGUCGGUCUAACUGGUAGAAAAGGAGCCUGGUCCUGGAUCGGUAAUCCCCGGGACACUUUGGAGGAGUUCCCGGACCACUCAGACAGAACCGGACCGGGUCACCGCUGCAGAUCCACGGCGGUACGCGGAGUCCUGCCCCGUGGAGUUAACCAUCAGAACCCCGGAGGUACCAGCCGGACCCUGACAGCCCGGUCCUGAUCCUGUCCUGGUCUCGGUGCUGGUUCUAACCCGUUUCCGGGUUCUGGAGAACCCUGGAAGGCUGAUCCUGACCGGAACCGACGGUGCAGACGCCCCCGACCUGCAGCCCAUGGCGUCCUUCAUCCUCCUCUUCCUCCUGGCUGUGACGGGCGGAGCCGCCAGUCAAUCCAACGAUUCGACAGAACCAACGUGUGACGACUGGGGCGAGUCCAGCGCCGGGAAGGUUUCGGUUCUGGACGGCGAGGCCGGGUCCAUCCACUGUGCCCUCUUCUCCCAUCCCUCCGUCUACAACUACACGUCGGCCCAGAGCGCCGGACAGAACCUGUUCUGGUACCGCCUGCUGGACGGCCACAGCCUGGAGCAGCCCAUCCCCAACAGCUCGCGCUUCAGCAAAGACCGGGAGAGGCUGUGGCUGCAGCCGGCCGUGGCCAACGACACGGGCCAGUACAUCUGCAUGCUGAGCAACAAGUCGUCCUGCAGUAAGAUCGCCAUGCGUCUGAAGGUGUUGCGGUGGGACGAGGCGGUCCGGUCCGCCCCCUGCGAGCCUGCGGUGGCGGUGCCGCCGACCCAGGCGCUGAUCGCCAUGCAGAUGGGUCAGGUUCUGGACUGUCCGGACCUGCAGGACGCCGCCAGGAUGUCCGAGAGCGAGCCGACCGUCAGCUGGUCCUUCGUGAGUGCAGAGAACUCGAAAUGUUACCGGUACCCGUUCUGGGACACGGACCGGGAGCAGCGCGGUACCAGGCUGCGGUUCUACAACAUGCUGAUCCCGUACCAGGGCCAGUACUUCUGCACGGUCCGGUACCAGCGCCGAGGCCGUCUGCUCAACUUCACCAGGAGCAUCAACGUCUCGGCCAUCUAUCCGACCACCGUGUCCAAACUCCCCACCAUCCUCCACCCGACCCCCCACAAGGUCUUCUCUGUCAGAACCAACUCAGACGUGCAUCUGGUCUGCAGAGGUCUGCUUCCUCUCGUCCUGCGUAACUCCUCCCGGGAGAUCUGGUGGACAGUGGAUGGGAAGAGGGUGGAUCAGCUCAACAACCCUCGCUUCUCCCAAAAGAACAGCAAUAUGAAAUACAACUUUGGCGACGUGACUGAGGACAGCGUGCUGAUGAUCGAGGACUUCCAGUCAGAAGACCUGAAGCGAGAGUUUAACUGCUCUGUGAGGAACGCAGAGGGCUUCCUGACCCGCAGAGCUCAGCUGAAAGAGGAAGUCUCGCUGCCCUCCCUGGAGCUGGGCUGUGGCCUCGGCGUCACGCUGGUGCUCAUGCUUCUUCUCUUUGUGGUUUAUCACGUCUUCUGGCUGGAGCUGCUGCUCCUCUACCGCUCCUGGUUCGGCACCGACGAGCGGCACACAGAUGAUAAGGAGUUUGACGUGUACAUCUCGUACGCGAGGAACAGCGAGGAGGAGCAGUUUGUCCUGUCGACGCUGCGCAGCGUUCUGGAGAACGUCCUCGGAUACUCGGUCUGCAUCUUUGACAGAGACAGUCUACCCGGAGGAAAUCUGUCAGAGUCCGUCCUGCACCUGAUGAAGCGCAGCCGGCGCCUGCUCUUCGUCCUCAGUCCUGACUUCCUGGCAGAGAAGAGCUUCAGCCUCCUGGAGUGUCGCCUGGGUCUGCACCUGCAGCACGGCCUCCAGGCCACCAUCGUGGCCGUGGUCCGGCGCUCCGUCAGCAAGCUGCCCUGCGUGGAGGUGACUCAGCUCCGCCAGGCCUCCGUCUGCACCGUGACGUGGCGCGGCAGUCGCUCGGAACCGCGGCGCUCUCGGUUCUGGCUGCGGCUGCGGCUGGCGCUGCCGGUCCGGCCGCUGGCUCUGGGCAGGAGGCUGAUCGACAGCACCUCGUCUCACUCCGACCUGGCGGCGCUGGCUCUGCAGAGGGCUCAGCGCAUCCGGAACCAGAACCGCAGAGACGGACUGGAACAGAACCGCACCGGCAGGAGGGCUUCGGCCACCCAGGCCCACAGAGCCAGAAAGACUCCGCCCAGAGGGAGGGGCCAUGUGAGGAGGGAGGAGGGGCUGCAGCACAGCAGGAGGUGCUCAGGGUGCGCUGGAUUUGCAUGUCAGGUGGAGGACAGACGGGUGGAGCUCGGAGUGCAGACUGAGAUGCAGCAGGUGUUCUGUGAAAGAACUGAAGCCGUCUCAGAUAGAGCCUCUACAGUCAUCCCUGACCCCGCCCACAAAGCCCAAAGCCCCACCCCUUCACUAAACUCCGCCCACAAUCACCUUAAUCCCGCCGCCUCCUCUGACCACGCCCUCUUCAGCAGCCACCAGGAACUUCAAGGAAGGAACUCCAUCCAUCAGCAGGAAGAGCUUAACUCCAGGACUUCAGAGGAAAAGAGGGAGGGGCUUAAGCUAAAGAUGGAGCUGACUCCGCCCCCAGCAGAAAACCCGGUCUGAGCCUUUUGCUCAACAGCUUUCCCUCCAGGACAUCUGUCACAUUUGAGCCAGGAACCAGCUGGAGAACAUCUGGAGCGAUCGGAUCUCUGAUGGAGCUUUAUUAUUAAGGGCUUAAUAUGUGAGAAUUUUAAAUUCUGUUCUUGAUUUAACAGGAAGCAGCUUCCUCUCAUUACUCUUAAACGCAAAGUUUCAAACUGAUGCAAAUCUAAAGCAGAUGAAUAUGACUGCAUGGAGGUCAAGGAUAUGACCUGUAGAUCCACAAGUCUUUCUGUGUGCCAGCUGCAGACGUCAUGGAGAGGAAUGACCUGAGUAAGAUGUCUGCUGGGAGCUUCUCCUCUCGUUUAUCCUGCAUGAAUAAUAUUCAAAUAAACUGUUUCUACACAUUUUUAUUGCAUUAAUCUUGAUUAGUGAUUCAGUCAGCAGCACAGACUGUAGACCCUUAACGUUUGGAUUAUUCACACCUGCUGUUAAUGUCGUCACCUGCAGGGGGCGCUGCUGCAAAGGACGAAUCCCAGAAAACUGGAUUUCUGCUCGGUUUUCAUUCCUGCAUGUUUUUUAUUUAUUUAUUUAGAUCAAUUAAUCAAAUGAUUUCUGAUGGGAGGAAUUGACCCAGAACACGUUUGGAAGAUCUCAAGAUCCUGCUGCUCUGGUGGGAAAUGAAGUAGGAAAUGUUCACAUCCUGCAGGUGUCGCUGUUUCCACUUUAUCACGCAGGUGGGAGGCGCUUCCAGAUCAGGGGUUCGCCCUGGCUGGCCGCAGCCUCCCCAGGAGCGUUCAGAUUAGUUUUUACUCAUCCUGUUUGCUUUUACUCUGGAGUUUUUAGCUUUGUACAAAGUUUGAUUUGGGCUCUUUCUCUUGUCCUGUUUUAGAGUUUUGUGUCAAAAGAAGCAACAGCAUCUUGAUGUAACCAGAGGAAAUGGAAGAAAAGGAAAAAUAGUUGCUGAAUUUAUGGUUUCAUAUUAAAAUGGAAUGUGGAAAAGGGGUUUAGUUAAAAUAUACUUUAAGAAAAGGUUAUUUAACAGGAAAACUGGUUUUAAACAUCGUAACAUAGCUGGGCUGAACUUUUCUGGAGGUCAGAAACUGGAACUGGUUCUGCAUCAGCUGAUCAUCUGACCACAACAUCCAGGCCCACACUGCAAAAAGGGAAG